AUGGCCUUGUGCUGGCGAGGGAGCUUCUUCAACGUGCCCGGCCUGGACGAGGCACUCCAGGGCGCCAAGAGGCCCAGGAGGGCCUCCUUCAAGUGCGUGAACGGCCACUGGAGGUUCGAGGUGCCCAGGCGGAAUAUACUUCUGCCUUUCGACGUGGCGGCGUGCGAGUACGUGUGCUACCCUCCGUGCCAAAACGACGGCACUUGUCUCCUCACGCGACACGGAUACAAGGAGUGCUUCUGUGCCAAGGGCUUCGCUGGACCGCAGUGCCAGUACCGGAAGUGCACCAAUUUGCUCUUCCACGGCGGGAAAAUGAACCUCGGAAGGCACGCCUACACGCCGAUCGUGCGGAAGGACUGCCCGACGGGGUACAUCCACACGAGCACGGGGACCAACACUUACGUGGAGAAGUGCGUGGAUGGCAUCUGGGUGACUCCGGAGGGGAAGUGCGUGCCCGUGUGCGAGCGCCCCUGCCAGAACGGGGGCUCGUGUGUGGCGCCCAACUACUGCUUGUGUCCUCCUGGCUUUUCGGGCGACCUGUGCGAGCGGAUGUCCUGCAUAAACGCCUUGACGCCCACGAUCGCCCACGCCAUCUAUAUUAACGAAGGCCACUCGCUGACGAUCAAGUGCCAGCCCGGCUUCAAGUUCCCUUCGGGCAAGAUGAGUAUGACCUUCGACUGUGUGAACGGCGAGUGGGACUUCGUGACUAAGCGACCCCAGUCUUGCUUCGCGGACUGCUCUGAGGCCCCCUGUCAGCACGGCGGAACGUGCAUUUCGCCAAACAAGUGUAAGUGCACGUCUUUCUACACGGGAGACCAGUGUGAGCACGAGAGAUGUAUUAACCCCCCCAAGCUUCUCUGCAACGCCUUGGGUAACUUCAGCUCCAGCUCGCGGUUGGAGUACCGCAUCGACUGCGAUCCGGGCUACCGGCUCCUGGACGGGAGUUCGCACAUCCUUGCCUCCUGCAGGGCCGGCGUGUGGGACUUCGACCUCGGGUUCAAGGCGUCCAUGGACGUGAGGUGCCGGCCCGUGUGCUCGCCGCCUUGCCUCAACGGGGGGCGCUGCGUCAACAAGAACACGUGCCACUGCCCCGAGGGAUUCCUGGGCGACCACUGCGAGAGGCGUGUAGUCCGUUUUCUUUAUCAUCCAGGCAUAGCAAGUUCAUCUGUGUUGAUGGGAAGAAUUAUGGAAACAACCUGA